UCUGCCCGAACCGGGUUAUAAAACGGGAACGGUAAAAUUCCACACCGGUCAGAAGUUCUUGGGCCCUACCCGAAGCGGUACAUCGGUAUCCACCGGUAUCUUCAACCAGAUCGUGAACGUAAACAGUCGCUCCAAAAAACCCCAAGAAAGUGGUACCUUUCGGAGGGGAAAUUCAAAUCUCCCUAAGAAGCGUUCUAAAACAGAAGCGAAGAAUAGAAUCUGAAAAGUGAAAGUGAAAUGAAUAAGGCUAAUCUGUACGAACAAGCGAACGGUGUGCAGCGGCGUGAUGCGAUGGAGAUUUUGAAAGAAUAUGCACCACUCAUCAGCUGUCGUCGAACCGGUGGCGACGACAUUGCACUGUUGGACAUUGGUUGUGGCAGUGGCGAUGUGUUGGUAGACUUCAUUCUACCGGUGCUCGGUCGGGGUACCGUUUCAGUUGUGGGGCGAGUUCUGGGCACGGACAUCUCCGAACAGAUGGUACGCUAUGCGCGCGAGUCAUACCGACAUCUUAAGACGAUCGAGUUCGAAACGCUCGACAUUGGAUCGAAACUGGAUGCGUCAACGCUUACCCGGUGGGGUCAGUUCAGUCACGUCACUUCCUUCUAUUGCUUACACUGGGUACAAAACCAACACACUGCCUUCUCCAACAUUUAUCAACUAUUGAAGGCAGGUGGUGAUUGCCUGUUAGUGUUCCUAGCCAAUAACCCCAUCUUCGACAUAUACAACCAACUAUCUCGUUCGCCCAAAUGGUCCAAGUACAUGUAUGACGUGGAGAAGUACAUCUCACCGUACCAGUAUUGUGAAAAUCCAGCCAGUGAGAUCGAAGAUCUGCUGUGUACGGUUGGUUUCCAGCACUAUCAAAUUCAGGUUCGCGACAAGUUGUACGUCUACGAAGGAUUAGACAAUCUGAAGAGAGCAGUUAUGGCUGUUAAUCCAUUCAGUGAGCGGAUGCCUACCGAGCUGCAGGAUAAGUUCCUGCUCGAUUAUAUUGCAGUUGUGCGGGAGAUGUAUUUGGCGAAGAGUUCUAGCGAGGAAAAUGAUGCAAAUCUACAGUUUAUUUCACCAUACAAACUGGUGAUCGUGUAUGCUAAAAAAUAGUGCCCAUUACCGUUGACUCUAAUCGAGACUGGAGAACAUUACCCGUGAAGAUGACGAGUCUCAUGUAGCUAAUUUGUUUAAAAAAAUAUCAUUAUAAAAUACAAGUUUUAGAGGCAACUGGUGUUCUAAAAUUUUUCAUAAUUAUCAUUGAUGUUGUAAGCUUUUGUAAGCAAGAAACACUGGUUAAAUAUUGGAAUGGUUUAAAUUAAUAAAAUGAUCAAUAAAUAUACCCAAUA